AUGGAAAACGAGUUGGGGACUAUGCAAAAGCCACCAAAGCUCAUGAGUUUAGAUGAAUAUGUGGGUUGGUCCGGCCGUUUCAAAAACUGGGUGCAAGCCAAUCACUUUGAGUGUUGGAUGAAAAUAGAAGCAAAGUAUGUGCCACCAGUUAACGGUAUGGGAUUGGAAAAGGGUAUCGGGAGUCUAACGGAAACGAAACAGAUUGAUUUCAAAGCUGAAAAGAAGAUGGUGAGCAUUCUGCAACAAGCCAUCAAGGAAGAUAUUCUCGUUUUACUGCAACAUGAAGAUAAUUCUCAGUCGAUGUGGCAAGCGUUGAAGCUGAAAUUCCAAGGCAGUGUUUCGAUGAUUAAAAGCAAGAAGGCUUUAAUCAAGAAGGAAUUCGAUAUUUUUACUGGGAUUAAAGGAGAGACAACAAAGCAGUUAAUCGAACGAUAUUGUCAUCUGCAAGCGAUAUAUCACCGACCAAAUCAACAGCAAACUGUUCAGAGGCCACAUAUAGAGAAUAAACCGGAAAAGGCACUGAUUGUGAAUCAAGACGACGAGAAGGUUGCUGCAGGUUUUAGCUGGGAGAAGUAUAUCCCCGGUAGCAAUGGACAAGCAAUGAUGGCUGAAGUUGUUGAAAUUUCUGAGAUGGUGUCUGAGCCGGAAAGAGUGGCUGAAGAUGUUUCUGUAGUUGUUGAAGAGGUUUCUGCUGAUAAUGCGGUCGAUAUGGAAGAAAUAGCUGCUGGAGUGUAUUACUACCAGUCUGAGCAGAAGGUUUUGGGAAGUUUAAUGAAAUCUGUAUUGCCUCCUAACAUUUCUGAAUCUUUUGCAGGUUACUUUGAAGAACCAAGGACCGGAUCAUGUCCAAGGUUUGAAGAGAAGAAAGAAGUCGUUGAAGAGUUGAUAGAUGUGUCGAAAGAGAUGACCGGAGAAGUUUUGAAAGACAUAGCUGACAAAGCUCUAAUGGGAAAACUCAAAGAGGUAGACUCAGAAUCCGAGGAGUCAAAGUCUGUCAGUAAUGUGUCUGUCAAACGAGAGGAAUCUGGAGUUCAGGAGAUCAAAUCUGUCAAAAUAUCUGAGUCUGAGUCAAACAAUGUCGGUAAAACUGAUUGUGUAGAGCAGAUUGUUGAAAAGUUUGACCUUGGCCAAGUUAAAGAGGCGUACGAUACUCUCGCAAGGUCAAUCAAGAUGAUUCAAAAGGAAAGUGUUGAGAACGAUAAAGCUACAAAAUUGGCUAAAGCAACACUUUUAGAUAAACAAACUGAAGUUAAUUUUCAUUUAGAUACAAUCGCAUCGCUUAAGAAAGAACUCGAAUUGGUUAAAAUUGAAAACGAUCAGAGUGAUAAAAAGUUAAUGAGUUAUGUGGCUUCAUCGUACGUUCUCGAUCAGAUUGUCCCCCAACAGCCACAUUCGUCACCUGUGCUGGAUGAGGAGAGUGAGAAAUCUGAAAAGACUCAUUCUGAGAAGGCUGUCAGUGAUUCUGAAAAUGAAGGGAAUUUCUUAGAUCGAUAUGUACCGAAAUCAGAAAAGAGUGAGAAUGAAGAUCCGAUCAUGGUGGUCUACACUAUGAUUGGAACAGACAAAAUUUAUUCCGAUUACGAGUACCCGCUUCAGAAUGUCAAGAUCGAAAAUGUUGAAAAAAAAGCGGCUAAGCAGGUGUUUAAGCCGAAAGAGAAGAUAAAUGAUGUGUUUGUCGCUGGUCCAAGUGUUGACGAUGAGAAAGAUUAUAUUUUCAGUCAAAAAGCUGUGGACGAUUUCAAUGCAGCAAAGAAGUUAAAAGAAGAGUCAGUGAAAUCUACUUUUGUCGAAUAUGACAAAAGGAUCGUGAAAUCGAAACCGUCGGUUGAGUUUAAAAAGAUGGAGAACGCUUUGAAAAAUGAUUCAAAUCUUUUUAAAGAUGACGUUGUUGAGUUUGAGAAUGAAGUUGAUAAGUUUCUUGAUGAAUUUCCACAUAUAACUAACAAAGUUAAAACGAUUGCGAAAGAAGUGAUCCAAAUGUCACAUUUGAUUUUCCGAAAACAAAUGAAAAGUGUGAUGUUGUGUUCGGAAGUGUGUCGGAAGUAA